AUGGGUCUGAUUGACAAAUUGCAAGCAAAACUCGAGCUCUAUCGCUUGGAGCAGCGAUAUGCACGUCGCAAGCAUCGCACCACCUUCUCCACAGGGGCACAGUACGUCGACGGCGAGUACGUGUAUCAAGCCGGGACCAAGUCCCCGACCAGCACCGGCUCCAAGUCGUCAAGCGGCAGCUGGCGCCCAUCUGUUCUGCGCGGGACGCAGGACUCGCGCUGGAGAAGGUGA